AUGGGGCUCUGCAAAUGUGAGAAGAAAAAGAUGACCACCUUAUUUUGCUUUGAGCAUCGGGUUAAUGUGUGCGAGUUCUGUAUGGUGGCAAACCACCCCCGGUGCGUCGUGAAACCGUAUCUGGGCUGGAUCAAAGGUGGUGACUUUGACCCAUCGUGUGCUAUCUGUAACGAGCGUUUUGAUGCAGAUGAAUCUAGAGAAUGUGUCAGACUGGUUUGUCUGGAUGUCUUUCAUUGGGAUUGCCUGGAUAAGCUCAUUUCAUCUGCCCCGCCGAAUACCGCACCUUCCGGUUUCUUAUGUCCAUCUUGUGACCAUCCCAUUAUCCCUCAACGUAAUCAUGGGGGUCCAGUGGCCGAAGCACUACGGUCAUUCUUGAAUCGAACUCAAUGGGCUGCCAACAACUUCUCGGAAUUCCAUCAGACCGUGCUGCCCAUUGAAUCAAGCGGGGUCAGUAGUGAUAAGUGGGCUACUGCUCAGAUAUCCCCACCAUUGUUUAACUCUGUAUCUUCCGUUCCCAACCCUCUCCCUUUACCCCUUCUACCGACCUUUUAUAGUCCCCCAAGCAACUCGGAUGUCGCUUGCCAAAGGUCAUUGUCAAAUAGCACUGUAAGUGAUUUACCACGGAAUGGCUUGCAGAUUCUAAUGCCUCGUCAAUCACUGAAUCUGGGGACC